GCUGCACAUGCAACUGCUUAAAUAAUUCACUCUUGCACAAUGAAAGUGGUCACCUGGAAUAUUAAUGGCAUCAGGACGUUCAGAGGUGGUAUCAAAAAGGCUCUUGAUUCACUGGAUGCAGAUGUUAUAUGCGUCCAGGAGACUAAAGUGACAAGAGACUUGCUUGAUGAAAGAACUGCAAUUGUUGACGGAUACAACUCCUACUUCAGCUUCAGCCGAGGACGCAGCGGCUACUCAGGGGUUGCCACUUACUGUAAGGACAGUGCCACUCCAUUUGCUGCCGAGGAGGGUCUCACAGGUCUACUGACCAACCAUGCUGGGGCUGUCGGAUGCUACGGUGAUCACACUGAGUUUUCAAACGAGGAGCUGCAGCAAUUAGACAAUGAAGGACGAGCUGUUAUAACCCAGCACAAAGUCAUGUGUCAGAACAAAAUACAAACCGUUAGUGUAAUCAACGUCUACUGUCCACGAGCUGACCCUGAAAAGCCGGAGCGAAAGCAGUUUAAAUUGCAGUUUUACAAGCUGCUGCAGUGUCGAGCUGAAGAAAUUCUGAAAGAUGGGAGCCAUGUGAUUGUUUUAGGAGAUGUAAAUACAUCUCACCGACCAAUAGACCACUGUGACCCCAGUGACAUUGACGGUUUUGAGGAGAACCCUGGCCGGAAAUGGUUGAAUGGCUUUUUGCAUGGUUGUAGACAAGAAAAAGAAAGGAAUGAGGAGGAACCAGAUGAAGCACCUGAGGUGACCGAUACUGCCCACAGUGGAAAAUUUAUGGACACCUUUCGCUAUUUCCACCCAACUCGCACCAACGCCUUCACAUGCUGGUCCACUCUCACUGGAGCUCGGCAGACUAAUUAUGGCACACGCAUUGACUACAUAUUUGCUGACUGUCAGCUAGCCAAGGAGCAGUUUGUGGCAGCGGACAUCAUGCCAGAGGUGGAAGGGUCAGACCACUGCCCUGUGUGGGGGAAACUGAGCUGCUCUCUCCUGCCAAGCUCCAAGCCUCCUCCCCUGUGCACACGCUACCUGCCAGAGUUUGCAGGCAAGCAGCAGAAACUCUCCCGAUUCCUUGUUAAGGUGGACCAGAAAUCAGUUCAGUCAGAGCAGAAGGAUGCAUUACCUGGAUCUCAAGAAGAGGGGGAAAAAAGGGAGAAUAUACACCCCUCUGGAGUCGGAAACAUCUCCGGUAAAAAGCGAAUAUUGACAUCAGACUCUGUUGUCCCAAAAGGGAAAAAGAUCAAGACAGUAAAGACUUCUUCAAAGCCCCAGGGUAACCUGCUUUCUUUUUUCAAACCAAAGCUCACACAUGUGGUUCAACCCACUGAAACAUCUGUCAGCCAGUGUGAAAGAACACUUGACCUAGAUGAAGUGACCUCAUUUAACAAUUCCCAUAAAGGGCCCACAACUAAAGAAGACGUAUUGUCAGUCGCAGGAAAGAUAACUGAAGAUACUGAGCUUGCCUGUGAUGGUUCGUCACAGCUGUGCACCACUAGCACCACAGAGGACAGUGACACACAGGUGAAGACAGAAGCUGAACAUUUAACCUCUCAGACCACUGUGGGACAUUCUGCUGCAAAGAAAGGGGCAUCAUUAGUGUUUUGGAAGUCAGUGCUUCAUGGACCACCCCCAGCACCUUCCUGUAAGGUGCACAGGGAACCCUGUGUGCUCCGUACUGUGAAAAAGGAAGGCCCAAACAUGGGCAAGCAGUUCUUUGUGUGUUCCCGCCCCCAGGGACAUUCCUCCAACCCCGAGGCUCGCUGUAAUUUCUUUGCAUGGGUUGACAAGGGGAAAUAACACGUUUAGUGUAGAGAUUGAAUGUCUUUUGACUUCCUGUCUCAUUAGUAAAACCUGUAACUCCAA